AUGCCUUCAAAAACAAGCGCUGCAAGCAUAACGUGGUUUUACAAAUUGAGUGCUGUAGACCCUUUGAGUGAAGAACAACUGAAGGGUUUAAAUUAUAUACGUCUUAUAAAAAUGAUGACAGCAAUUAUCUGCAAGUUUACUCCAAUCUCGAUUUGCAAAACUUUGGAUAAAACACCAGCACAACGAUUUGCGGGUUUGGAACUUUCACGUUCUAUUUUUCCUAAAAUAGUUAGGUGUACUAGAAAAUCCAACUUUGUAAUUGCAAAUAAUAACAAAUGGAUAGAGGUACAAACGCGUUCAAAAAUUAAGAAUUUUGUAUUGCCUGAAAUGAUUAAUCCAGAAACACGUCUCAUGAUUAUAAAUGCCAUUUACUUUAAAGGAGAAUGGGCUGACGAUUUUCAAAAAGAACUUACUAGAAAUUAG